AGUUGCGGUUGGGUUUCCCCAAUCCUACUCGACGCUAAAAGAACAAUUGCACUUUGGCACUUUGCACCUGGUCUCGAGUACAACUUACAUGACCUCGGUCCCACUUUCUCAACACACAGAUCUACGACUUCAAGUGUUCGGUGUUCAUCUCCUCAUCAGAAAAUCCAAAAAACAAAAAAAAAAAAAAAUUCCAACGACUCUGCCUUUUCCGGUUUCCGAAGCAUCAACGACGCGGUCUAAGGAGAGAGAAAAUCAUCACAUCGUCAAUUACCUUCUACCGGCGAUUCUAUGGCGGCGGCAAUCGGCGUUCCUUCUUCUUUGUCGGAUCUCUGAUUUCUGCAAUUUUGCUCAAUCGAAUUGAUUAUCAACCUAAUUUCCCCCAAAUUUACCUGCAAGAAUCUUAUUCAAUUUUUUAGGUGAAUUGAAGUUGGGAAAGAUUUUGUUUCCAUAGUUGAUGAACUAUGGAACAACUCGUGAACUUUAUUAUUCGGCCGCCAAGAGCUGAAUAUAGCCCUGAGCAUGACCUAUUAGAUCAAGAGUUUAUGCUAAAAGGAAAGUGGUACCAGAGGAAGGAUGUUGAGAUUAAGAAUAGCCGCGGGGAUGUUCUUCAAUGCAGUCAUUACGCUCCCCUUGUGAAACCUGAUGGGAAGCUUCUACCUUGUGUUAUUUAUUGCCAUGGCAACAGUGGGUGCAGGGCAGAUGCCAGUGAAGCUGCUAUAAUAUUGUUGCCCUUAAACAUUACAGUUUUCACCUUGGACUUCUCAGGUUCUGGACUCUCUGGAGGGGAGCAUGUAACUUUAGGGUGGAACGAGAAAGAUGACCUGAAAGCUGUCGUGGAUUAUUUACGAUCAGAUGGGAAUGUAUCUAUGAUUGGCUUGUGGGGCCGUUCCAUGGGCGCAGUUACAAGCUUAAUGUAUGGAGCCGAGGAUCCUUCAAUUGCUGGAAUGGUUCUUGACAGCCCCUUCUCAGACUUGGUUGACUUGAUGAUGGAGCUUGUGGAUACCUAUAAAGUCCGACUUCCUAAAUUUACUGUAAAAUUUGCCAUCCAAUACAUGCGAAGAGCAAUCAUGAAGAAAGCAAAAUUUGACAUUAUGGACCUGAACACCAUUAAGGUUGCAAAGUCUUCCUUUGUUCCGGUGUUGUUUGGCCAUGCAAUUGACGAUGAUUUUAUACAGCCUCACCAUUCUGAACGCAUACAUGAUGUUUACAUGGGAGACAAGAAUUUUAUCAAAUUUGAGGGUGAUCACAACUCUCCACGGCCUCAGUUUUACUUUGAUUCCAUAAGUAUAUUUUUCAAUAAUGUUUUGCAACCUCCAGAGGAUGAUGUUCCGGCAAGGUUAUUUGAUCCAGUGCAUGAAUACAUUGACAAGGCUACUUGGAAUGCAUUGCAUGGACUGGGAUUCGCUGGUAGCAAUUCCUCAGGUGGAUCUAGAGAACCUGCCAGGAGUAGCACUGGAGAUGCUAUUAAGCAGCUCAGAUCUAAACGACCCAUGAGCCGAAUGGAGGUACCCCCAACAAUGGCUGCUGGAGAUGAACAAUCUGAAGCAAAGGAAGAGGCAGCUGGAACCGAGUCAUUUUCCUCAAGUUCCGGAAUGAUCAGCUUUGAAUUAGCCAAUGGUCAACCCUUUGGUCCUCAUGUUCCAAUUGCCAUUGACGAUGAUCAAUAUGUAGAAUACUCCCUUGACAACAUGGCAGAAUUCCCCCGUGAUAUGGAGGAAGAAGAAAGGAUGGUCAUGGAAGCCAUAGUUGAGUCUUUGAAGGACAUGGGCAUGAGUCAACCACCGGAAAAGCCUCCCCCCUGUGCUGACUCCAAUGUCAUUGAAUCUAACCAAGAAAAUCCCAAACCAAAUACUCUCACAGAUAAAGAAUGUUGUGGACCAUCUAAGUCAGAUUCAACUUUCCUUUCAUUAACAAAUAGUGAACCCCUGGCAUCUCAGAGCACUGCAUCUGAACGUCAUCUAGACCAUUCUUCCAGAAUCCCAUGUACAGAAAGGUCUGAAACGGAGAAAGCAAAUAAUACACCUGCUCAAGAUGCGGAGUCAUCUGGCAGGGAAUCUAGUGAUGGUACAAAAGCCACACUGACUGUUGAAAAAAAUUCUUCAGGAAGUAGUAUCAUGGAUGGGUUUUUCCGUAGAUGGGAUCGAAAUUUCUUCAAAAGCACACGGUAAACAUAACCUAGUUAUGUUGUGGCUGUAUACUCCCAAUGAUUGUAACAAAGGCAGGCCAGACCAGAUAGAAGGGAACAUAUUAACAAAAGAGAGCACUAUUUCUGUUUAUUUGGGUUAAUUUCUUACUGAGCUAUUGGACAUGCUCUGUAGAUUUGUUCCUGAAAGAUAAAAAGGAAAGGUAAUAAUUGGUUAAGUGUGAAUAUUUGGUUCUUGGUAAUGAAGAUAUCGGCAAUUCUUUAUUGUGCAUAAAGUUUCCGGUUCUAUUGUAAAUCCGUGUUGUAUUUUUCAUUUUCGCUGAUGUAUAUUUAUACGUUCUUUCUUGUCUCGAUAUUGCAAGCUGAAUUUUAAGGGA